UUGGGCUCAGAGCACCGGCUCUCACACUGGUGAAAGGAGCUUAAAUCAAUCAGAUUACAAACCUGCUUAACGUCUGCAGCAAGCCUACAGUCAGUCGAGUGAAGACGGCCAUGAGCUUCAGCAGAUGUAAGCGUAAAAGAGCCUUCUUCUCCUGAGGUAGGUCACCUGUACGUGACCCCUGUUGGGGUGAAGAGCUGCAGUCAUGGGAACCAACAGCCAAGUGCGGCUGCUCCUCUGGAAAAACUGGACUAUCCGAAAGAGGCAGAAGCCACGGCUCUUUAUGGAGAUUAUGUGGCCUGUGGUGCUAUUCAUUGGACUGGUUUGGCUAAGAAGAGCGAACCCUCUUUACCGCCAACAUGAAUGUCAUUUUCCAAACAAAGCCAUGCCCUCCACUGGCAUCCUUCCAUGGAUCCAAGGGAUCUUCUGCAACGCCAACAACCCCUGUUUCCAGCACUCAACCCGUGGAGAGUCUCCAGGCCUGGUGUCCAACUACAACAACUCAAUACUGGCUCGGUUUUGGAUGGACGCGCAGGAGCUGCUGUUUGAAGAUACAGAGUUCCUGCAGUUGGGACGGCUAUGGCGAGAACUCAUGGCCAUGAGCAACUUCAUGGACACUCUCCGAACCAAUCCUGAACUGAUCGCAGGUCGAGGCGUGAAAGUGGAGGACAUUUUGAAGGAUGACGAAACUCUCACUUCAUACCUGCUCAGAGAUGUUCCUCUAACAGAAUCUGUGGUGCAUCAGCUGGUUCAUUCACAGAUCCGACCUGAACAGUUUGCAUACGGAGUUCCUGAUCUCCAUCUGAAGGACAUCGCCUGCAGUCAGACUCUUCUUGAGCGUUUCCUUAUUUUCCCGAGCCGUUGGGGCCUGUAUACUGUGCGCAAUGCCAUGUGCGUUCUCACGCCACAGCGUCUUCAGAUCAUUGAGGACAAAUUCUAUGCUAACCUCGACUUCUUCAAACUUUUCCGCUUGCUUCCUCUAGUUCUCGAUAACUACUCCAAUGGACUCGACCUGCACUUCUGGGCCCGACUUCUGCCUGCCGUGUCUGAGAAGCUGAGAGCGCUGUUUGACAGAACUAGCUCUAAAGACCUCCUACAAGUGGUCUCUCUAUUGCUUCAGUCCCAUGAGACCCCAUCUUUCAGCCAACUCAUGGCCGCCACCUCCAGCUUGUUCUGUGGCUACACUGAAGGGGCCUUCUCCAGGGUCACCUCCUUCAACUGGUACGAGGAUAACAACUACAAAGCCUUUUUGGGCAUCAACAGCACAAGGGGAGAGGGGAAGUACAACUACGAUCACACGGCCACUCCGUUCUGUAACGACCUCAUGAAGGAUAUGGAGUCCAAUCCGGUCACAAGGAUUGUGUGGAGUUCAGUCAAGCCUUUCCUGAUGGGCAAAAUUCUGUAUGCUCCUGAUUCCCCUGCUGUCAGACAGAUCAUUAAAAAUGCAAACACUACCUUUGAGGAGUUAGAAAGACUUAUGAACAUGGGUCGGGCCUGGGAGGAGGUGGGCCCACAGGUGUGGAGCUUCUUUCAGGACGGAAUACAGAUGAACAUGCUUCGAGAAUCCAUUAGAAACCCCACAGUGAUGGAUUAUAUCAACAAAGGCCUCCAGGAUACUCCGUUUACUGGCCAACACAUCCUCAACUUCCUGUACAACGGUCCUGAGGAGGAACGAGCCCAGGACAUGCCUAACUUUGACUGGCGGAACAUCUUUAACCUGACUGACCAAGUUAUUCGCCUCAUAAACAGAUACGGAGAGUGUCUUGUCCUGGACAAGUUCUCUGGCAUUUCUGAUGAGGACCAGCUGACCCAUCGAGCGCUGGACCUUCUAGGGGAGAGCAAGUUCUGGGCAGGGCUGGUAUUUGUUGACAUGUACUCCUGGACCACCAAGAUGCCCCCUCAUGUCAAAUUCAAAAUCCGUAUGGACAUUGAUGUCGUAGAGCGCACCAAUAAGAUCAAAGACAGAUACUGGGAUCCAGGGCCAAGGGCUGAUCCAAUGGACGAUCUGCGUUAUAUAUGGGGAGGAUUUGCAUACUUGCAGGACAUGAUAGAACAUGGAAUAAUAAAGAGCCACACAGGGAAGGAAUGGCCGUUAGGAGUCUACCUGCAACAGAUGCCCUAUCCCUGCUAUGUGGAUGACCUCUUCAUGCUGACUCUGAACCGCUGCUUUCCGAUCUUCAUGGUAUUGGCCUGGGUCUACUCUGUCUCUAUGACGGUGAAGAGUAUCGUGCUGGAGAAGGAGAUGAGGUUGAAAGAGACUCUGAAGGCCAUGGGCGUCACUAACCGUGUGCUCUGGUGCACAUGGUUCAUCGACACAUUCUUCAUGAUGGCGUCCAGCACAGCCCUGCUUACUCUUAUUAUCAUGGGAGGAAAAGUGCUGAACUAUAGCAAUCCCAUCAUUCUCUUCCUAUUCCUGCUCACUUUCACCACGGCAACCAUCAUGCAGUGCUUCCUCAUGAGCGUGUUUUUCAACAAGGCGAACUUGGCGGCAGCCUGCAGUGGAAUCGUUUACUUCACUCUGUACCUGCCUCAUAUAGUUUGCUUCGCCUGGCAGGACCGCAUUACCAAGGAUAUGAAAAUCAUGGCGAGUCUGAUGUCCCAGGUGGCGUUCGGCUUUGGGACGGAGUACCUGUCCCGUUACGAGGAGCAGGGUCUCGGCCUGCAGUGGGUUAACAUCCAGACCAGCCUUCUGGAGGGGGACGAGUUCUCCUUUCUCACCUCGAUUAUCAUGAUGGCAUUAGAUACGGUCCUUUAUGCCAUUCUCGCAUGGUACCUUGAUAAUGUCUUCCCAGGGCAGUAUGGUAUUGGUCGGCCUUGUUACUUUCCAAUCCAGCCUUCUUAUUGGUUGAACCGACCUGAGCCCCUAAAACAAGUUCCUGGAAAAUCAGCAGUAGAGAAACCUGCUUUUGAUAAUCUGGUGAACAACACUAAUGACCAGGCCAAGAACCACAAUGAUGACCAGGCCGAGAACCACACAGCACCCGAAAAACCUCCGGAGGAGCCAGGGUCCUGCAAACAUGGAGAUAAACAGGAUAAACUAGAGAAAGAACCAAAGAGUCCUGAUGAAGAGGAGACGAUCAAUCACAGCAUUAGCACAGACUCAUCAGGGAGGCACUUUUUUGAGCCCGAACCAUCCGGUUUGGUGGUUGGAGUGUGUGUGGAGAACCUGUAUAAGGUGUUCAGCGGCGGCUCUAGACCUGCUGUGGACGGUCUGAGUAUCACCUUCUACGAGGGUCAGAUCACUGCUUUCCUCGGACACAACGGUGCAGGAAAAACCACUACCAUGUCUAUUCUCACCGGCAUGUUCCCUCCCACCUCUGGCACGGCCUAUAUUUAUGGGAAAGAUAUCCGAACAGACAUGGAUGCCAUCCGUAAAUCCCUGGGAAUGUGCCCCCAGCAUAACAUCAUCUUUCACCAUAUGACGGUAGCAGAGCACAUCUUGUUUUACUCUCUACUGAAGGGUAGGCCGUUGCCCGAAGCCCAGCUAGAGGUGGAAAACAUGCUGGAAGAUCUCGGUCUCCCUCACAAGAGGAAUGAGGAGGCUCAAAACCUGUCAGGUGGUAUGCAGAGGAAGCUUUCCGUUGCCAUGGCUUUUGUCGGUGGUGCUAAAGUGGUGUUUCUGGAUGAACCUACAUCAGGGGUGGACCCCUAUUCUAGGCGCUCUAUCUGGGACCUUCUGCUGAAAUACCGUGCUGGUCGUACAGUGAUCUUGUCCACACACCACAUGGAUGAAGCUGACCUGCUGAGUGACCGUGUGGCCAUCAUCUCUCAGGGUCGUCUGCACUGCUGUGGCUCUCCUCUCUUCCUGAAGAACUGCCUGGGCGCUGGCUUCUACCUCACUCUGGUGCGGCGCAUUAAAGAGCAGCCGUCCCAUGUCAGUCAAGAGGGUCAGUGUGAGUGUACUGAGGACAGCUCCUGUAAGUGCUCACUCUGUACCAAAUUGAAGGAGAGCACCGUAGAGCAGCCCAGAGUGUCAGAAAGACAGAUGGAAGGGGACAUAGAGAGAAUAACGGCCCUCGUCCACCAUCACGUCCCAGAGGCCAAAUUGAUAGAGGUCAUAGGGCAGGAGCUGACCUUCCUGCUGCCCAGCCGAGGCUUCAAACAUCGUUCUUACGCCAGCCUGUUCAGAGAGCUGGAGGAGACGCUGGCAGACAUGGGGCUCAGCAGCUUUGGAGUGUCAGACACUUCACUGGAGGAGAUUUUUCUGAAAGUCACAACUGAUGGAGAGGCUGCACACAUCAACACUGCAUCUGACAUCAGAGUUCUGCAACAGAAAUCUCUUCGUUUAAUCUUUUGUGCAGAUACAGUCAGGUCGGCGUAUGCUAAUGGACAGUCAAACUCUGGAGGUUCGACCAGCAAAGAGUGCAGAGGAUCCCCACAGGUGAAGGGAAUCUUUCUGGUCCUAAAGCAGUUUUUCGCUCUUCUCAUUAAGAGGUUCCAUCACUCCACACGCUCUGGAAAAGACUUCCUUGCCCAGAUUGUUUUGCCCGCCAGUUUUGUCCUGGUUUCUCUGAUGUUCACGCUGAUUGUUCCUCCAUUCGGAGAAUAUCCCAGUCUUACUCUAAGCCCAUGGAUGUACGGCCGACAGUUCACCUUCUUCAGUAAUGAAGAGAUGCAAAGCCCAGAUAUGAGGUAUUUUGGUGAGGUUCUUCUCAACAGACCUGGAUUUGGGACUCGCUGUAUGGUGGAUGAACCUCUACAAGACUAUCCAUGUAAUAACUUAACCACUGAGUGGGAGAUGCCCCUGGUGAACCCGAUGCUCAUUGAGAUGCUGGAUAACCCGGAGUGGACAGACAUCAGUCCGUCUCCCAGCUGCCAGUGCAGCACGCCCAAAAUACUCACCAUGUUACCUGUGUGUCCAGAAGGUGCAGGGGGUCUUCCUCCUCCACAGAGGAUUCAAUCCACUGGUGACAUGUUGAUGGAUCUGACUGGAAGGAACAUCUCUGAUUAUUUGGUGAAGACCUACCCAAACUUAAUACGGACAAGCCUGAAGAGCAAGUACUGGGUGAAUGAACAAAGGUAUGGUGGCAUUUCUGUCGGAGGGCGACUUCCUGUUCUCGACGUGGAUCCUAAAAGCAUCCAGAAUGCAGUUGCUCAGAUAGGACGUCUGCUUAAUGUCACAGGGGGCAAAUACUCAAAGCUUGCUCUGCAGGAGUUCGGCACUUUCUUGAGGUAUAUGGAGACUGAAAACAAUGUCAAGGUGUGGUUCAAUAACAAAGGCUGGCACGCUAUGGUGGCCUUCAUGAACGUGGCGAAUAACGCCAUCCUUCGAGCCAACCUGCCUCCUGGUGUCAAUUUAAAUGAGUACGGCAUCACAGCCAUCAAUCAUCCACUAAACCUGACCAAGGAGCAGCUGUCGGAGGUCACAGUACUGACCACCUCAGUGGAUGCAGUCGUUGCCAUCUGCGUGAUCUUCGCCAUGUCCUUCGUACCGGCCAGCUUUGUGCUGUAUCUGAUCCAGGAGAGAGUGACGCAGGCUAAACACCUGCAGUUUGUGAGUGGGGUCAGUCCUAUUGUGUAUUGGACUGCUAACUUCUUCUGGGACAUGAUAAACUAUGCUGUCAGCGCGGCAAUGGUUGUGGGGAUUUUUAUUGCAUUUGAUAAAAAAUGCUAUACGUCGCCUGGCAACCUGCAAGCCCUGAUAGCUCUGCUGAUGCUUUAUGGUUGGUCAGUGACUCCCAUGAUGUAUCCAAUGUCAUAUGUGUUUAACGUGCCCAGCACAGCGUACGUCUCUCUGUCCUGCAUCAACCUCUUCAUUGGCAUCAACAGCAGUGCCAUCACGUUUAUCUUAGACCUGUUCGACAGUACAGAGGCUCUGUAUAAGUGUAACCAGGUGCUGAAGAAAGCUCUACUUGUCUUUCCUCACUUCUGUUUGGGCCGUGGGCUCAUUGACAUGGCAAUGAACCAAGCCGUGAUGGACGUGUAUGCACGCUUUGGUGAGGACUUCAGUCUGGAUCCCUUCAGCUGGGACUUUGUGGGAAAGAAUGUGACAUUCAUGGCAGUAGAGGGGUUCGUCUAUUUCAUCCUGAAUGUCCUGAUACAGAACAGAUUCUUCCUGGAUCACUGGAUGUCAGAUUUUAAGAAGCCACCAGUAACUGAUGAAGAUGUGGAUGUGGCCAAGGAGAGAGAGAGGAUUUACAAAGGAGGAAGCCCUAGCGAUAUCCUCCAGAUAAAAGACCUAUCAAAGACGUACAUGGGAACGAUGAGGCCAGCAGUGGACAGGAUAUGUGUAGGAGUGUCACCAGGAGAGUGCUUUGGACUUCUGGGUGUGAAUGGUGCUGGGAAAACUACCACAUUCAAAAUGCUGACAGGAGACAUAGCUGUCACUUCAGGGGAAGCUGCUGUGACUGGUUACAGCAUUCUGACCAACAUCCUGGAUGUGCACCAGAACAUGGGCUACUGCCCUCAGUUUGAUGCCAUCGAUGAUCUUCUAACUGGAAGAGAACACCUGCACUUAUACGCUCGACUCAGAGGAGUCCCGGAAUCCGAGAUCAGCAGAGUGGCUGAAUGGGGAAUUCAGAAAUUGGGUUUAUUUGAGUAUGCAGGCUGCAGUGCCGGCACAUACAGCGGUGGAAACAAGCGUAAACUCUCAACAGCUAUCGCAAUGAUUGGCUGUCCAGCUCUUCUGCUCCUGGACGAGCCAACCACAGGGAUGGAUCCUCACUCUCGCAGGUUCCUCUGGAACUCCAUCAUGAGCGUGAUUCAGGGCGGCAGAGCGGUGGUCCUUACCUCACACAGUAUGGAGGAAUGUGAAGCUCUCUGCACACGACUGGCCAUCAUGGUGAACGGAACGUUCAAGUGUCUUGGCACAAUCCAGCACCUCAAAUACAAAUUUGGUGAUGGAUACGUGGUCACCAUGAAAAUCAGGGCGGCCAAAGCAGGCACAGUCCCGGAUCUGAACCCGGCUGAAGCAUUCAUGGAGAGCACAUUUCCAGGCUGCAUUCAGAGGGAGAAACACUAUAAUACUCUACAGUACGAGAUCGCUUCUUCCUCUCUGGCCAAAAUCUUCCAGCUCGUCUUAGCCAACAAGGAAAUGCUGAAUAUCGAAGAUUACUCGGUUUCCCAGACAACGCUGGACCAGGUGUUUGUGAAUUUCGCCAAGCACCAAUCCGGAGAAGAUGAUUCCAUUGUGUUGCACCCGAGGGCAGCCGGUGCCCGGCGGGACAUGAGAGUCUUUCCAGUGAAAACGAAAGCCUGAAAGCUUGAAGAGGGUCAUCUGAGCAGGUCAAUUGGAGUCAUCUUGCAGGGUCGCACAAAAGAGUAACAAAAGAAAAGGAGAUGUUUUUUUGUCUUCUUUACAAAACACUCAGUUUGAGACUUUUGAUCGUUUACGCCGUAACAGCUUUGCGCACCUUUUUUGAUUGGCCUUUUUUUUAUAUAGAAAUGCAUCGAAAAAUACAACAAAAUACAGACAGAACUGGACUGAAUUAGUCUUAUGAAUACUGUAGCACUUUAUUUUCAAACGUGAUAUCUAUUAUCAAUAUCACUUUUUUUUUACAAAGAAUUUUGUUUUAAAAACAAAUCAAAUGAUGCAAUAGAUUUUAUUGCAAAGGCUUUUGCUAUUGAAAUGCAUAUUGCAUUGUUGUGACACAUUGCAAGUCACAGCUUUAAGAGUUUUUGCCAAGUUAGAAAAGAGUAGCAUACAAACAGUUGCUGUAAAUGAACUAAAUAAUAUAUGUUUAGUUUUUUAAAUUGUUAGUGGAUAUGGCUGAUAAGGCAAGGAAUUAUAGAAAGUUGAUUUUCUUUUUCUUUUUGUAAAAAUUCACCAAAAUAAUACUAUUAAAACUGUAUGUGGUCGCUCACUUUGAA